AUGCCACUUAAUUCAACACUUACCGCUACCAUGCGAGCGGUGGCCUGGUUUGGGCAACCUUAUAACGUGUCCGUGAUCGAUAUGCCAGUUCCGCACAUCAUAAACCAGACAGAUGCCAUCAUCCGAAUCCCCACCUCCGCAAUCUGUGGGUCCGAUUUACAUUUUUACCAUGGCUAUUCGGGGUCUCCCAACGUGCCGUGGGGCCUGGGCCAUGAGGCGGUUGGAUACGUCUCGGAGGUUGGCAGUGCCGUGUCGUCUCUCCAGGUUGGAGACUAUGUUAUUAUCCCAGAUAACGCACAUGAUGGCCAUUACGGUCAAAACCAUCCGCUUUCUUUCGGUAGCGGCUCCCCUGACUAUGGUGGUCUGCAAGCCGAAUACGCUCGUGUCCCUUUCGCGGAUAUGAGCCUUAUCCCCAUUCCUUUUAACAAUCAGACUGGAAAUGCAACUAAGGAACUUGACUAUUUAAUGGUUUCGGACAUUUUCUCCACUGGCUGGCAGGCGCUGAGCUACAGUGGAUUCCAGCCAGGUGAUACCGUCGCCGUCUUCGGGGCAGGGCCGGUAGGCCUCAUGGCGGCGUACUCCGCUAUGCUUCGCGGUGCUAAGCGCGUCUACUCGGUUGACCAAGUCCCAAGUCGACUAGAACUGGCGUCAUCGAUAGGCGCUGUGCCCAUCAGCUUUAAUACUUCAGAUCCCGUUGCGCAGAUCCUUGCUCUUGAACCGAAUGGAGUCACCCGGGCUUUGGAUUGCGUUGGCUUCGAGUCGGUAAAUGCAACGGGUCAACGCGUUGAUGGAUUAGUCCCCCGCGACCUGAUUGCAGUCGUCGCCCAGCAAGGAGGCAUUGCCAUCGCUGGCGUUUACACUGGUGGACAGAAUAGCACCCGGGGAGCUCCGUUUGCCGACCAGAUUCCUGCCCAGGUUCCUAUAUCCAUCGCAUCCUUGUGGAGGAAAGCCCUGACCGUUGGAAGCGGUAUUGUUCUGCCACUAAACCAUGCGCAAGCGCUUAUUGACCUGAUCGCCGCCGGUCGAGCUACUCCUAGCUUUGUGGUGAGCUCGAUCAUUGAUAUCGAGCAGGUUCCCGAGUAUUACAGGCGUUAUAGUGAUCACUUGGAACACAAGGUUGUGAUCCGGUUUCCUUGA